AUGUCGCCCGACAGUCCCCCGUCCACAUCCGCCCUCUGCCGCCCGCUUCGUGCCAUCGAAGAUGGCGGGCACGAGAGUGAGGGGGCAGGCGGGCGGCGCGCGGGCGAGCGGCGGUGGCGGUGGCGCGCGCGAUGGCGCGAGGCGGCGGUGGCGGGGGCGCGGCCGCAGGAGCGAUGGGGGCACUCCGCCGUGGCGUGGGAUGGCAAGCUGAUCGUGUUCGGGGUGAGCGGAGGCACGCGGGCGAGUGGAGGUGAGAAGCCGUGCUGCAGUGGCAGUGGAGAGUUUGCCGUGGCAGCAUGUGUUGCCGCCGCUGCGUGCGUUGAGGGCUGUUUCGGAGCGCAGCACUUCUCCACCGUGCUGUCGCUCGACCUCACCACGCUCGCCUGGGCGCCCCUGUCGGCGCACGGCCAUCUGCCGCCGCCCUGCGACUGCCACUCCGCCUCGCUGCUCUCCCGCGGCCGCAUGCUCGUCUUCGGCGGCACCGACGGCCGCCGCCGCCUCGCCGCCACGCACCUGCUGCACCUGCCCUCCAAGCGGUGGCAACGCGUGGGGGGAGGGGCGGCAGGGGAGAGGAGUGCGCGCUGUGUGCUGGGUGGGAGUGUGAGUGAGGUGGGUGGUGCGAUCGAGGAGGGGGGAGUGGAGAGGAGUGAGGUGCGAGAAGGCGGCGAGAGAGGGCAGCAGGGGGCUGGGGAGGUGGAGAGUGGUGUGAGCUGCGUGGACGAGGCGGGGGUGACAGCGAGGCAGGGGGGGAGGGGGGCAGAGGGAAGGAGGCGGCAGGUGGAGAGGCGGGGCAGCGACGGGUCGCACGUGUCGAGCAGCAGCGUGGUGGUGCGGCACGGAGGUGAAGGGGAGGGGGGCGAGGGGCUGGUGUGGGGCACGAGGCAGGGCAGUGGCGGCGACACGGACAUGCAUGGCAGCAGCCUGGGCACACCUUGCGGGCGGGUGGGUCCCGUGCAGCCUGGCUCGUGGCAUGAUCCGAGCGCGCUUGCUGCUGCGCACCCCCCUGCCAGGGAGAGCCACGCGGCAGCGGUUGUGUGGCUGCCACGGUGUAAGAGGGUGGAGGAGGAAGGAGGAGGGGAUGCGGUGGAGUGGCGAGAGACUGUGCUGGUGUUUGGCGGCAGUGGGGAUGAGGAGGGCGGCGAUGGUGCGGAUGGUAAGGAAGGCAUGGACGGGUGGAGGGGAGGGGAGCAGAGAGACGGGGGAGGAGAGGGAGGCAGCAUGAGCGAGGGGGGCGGCAAGGGGCGGUACCUGAACGACCUGUGGGCGCUGGACGUGCCCUCCAUGACGUGGCGCUGCCUCCAUGCACCGCACUCACUGCCGCCCGCCACCCGCGUGCCACGUGGCAAGGCAGGGGAGUGCCCCCCCUGUGCGCGCGACAGCCACAGCAUGGUGGUGAUGGGCGGGGCGCACGAGCAGCAGGUGGCGGUGGUGUUCGGCGGCGACUGUGGCGCGCGCUACCUCGGCGACCUGCACCUGCUGCACGUCCACCACCUCUCCUGGUGCCACGUGCGUACCCAUUGGGCAACGGGUGUGAGGGGGUGUGCUGUGAGGGGGUGUGCUGUGGGGUGGGGGGGUGUGCUGUGGGGUGGGGGGGUGUGCUGUGAGAGGUUACCCGUGGAGCAUAUCAGUGGUGGGGUGGGGGUGGUAUACGUGGGGAUACCAGCACCGGCGGGAGCGCAGUGGCCGGCGCCACGGGCAGCCCACAGUGCGGUGGCCGUCACAGCCUGGCAGAUGCUGCUGCUGGGAGGGGUGGGCGACGGUGGCUACUUCAGUGACACGUGGCUCUUUGACCUGCCCUCUGCCACGUGGCACCAGCUGCAUCCACCAAUAACAGCCGGUCCUGCCAUGCUGGCAUCGGACAAUUCGAUGGUGGAGCACCUGGAAGCAGAGGAAGCGUCGGCAGCAGCAGCGGAGGCAUGGGCUGCGGGGGAGGAGGACGGGCAGCAGCUGCGGGCGUGCUUCUCCCACUCGGCCACCCUGCUGCCCGACGGCUGCACCGUCGCACUCUUUGGCGGCUGUGGGCGCGACGAGCAGCCGUGCAGCAACGUCAUGCUGCUGCACCUGCAAUGCCCUGUGAGCACCCACCCUCGCCUGCACCUGCAAUGCCCUGUGAGCACCCACCCUCGCCUGCACCUGCAAUGCCCUGUGAGCACCCACCCUUGCCUGCACCUGCAAUGCCCUGUGAGCACCCACCCUCGCCUGCACCUGCAAUGCCCUGUGAGCACCCACCCUCGCCUGCACCUGCAAUGCCCUGUGAGCACCCACCCUCGCCUGCACCUGCAAUGCCCUGUGAGCACCCACCCUUGCCUGCACCUGCAAUGCCCUGUGAGCACCCACCCUCGCCUGCACCUGCAAUGCCCUGCCGCCAGUCCUUCCCCUCGCUGUGCGCGCCCCCUCUCCUCCGCCUCUCUGCCCGCCCCUGCUGCUGCGCGCACGGGGCGCGAGGAGGAAAAGGGCAACGGGGCAGGGGCGGUGGAGCAAGGAGACAGAGCUGUGGGCGUGGAAGAGCAGGGGGGGAUGGCAGAGGGGAGGUGGCGGGAGGGAGGAGAGGCGAUGGAGUGGAGGGCGGUGUGGGAGGGAGGAGGGGAGGAGGAGGCGGAGGUGGGCAGGCAGCGGAUAGGCGAAGACAGGAGCUUUCUUGACGAGCUGGCGGGCAUUCUCAACGACGAUGCGCCCUGCACGUCACAUCCAGCAGCCACCAUCCGCGGUACCUCCCUUCUGCACCUGAUUCCUGCCUCCAUCUCAAGGGGUGGGCAGAGCAUCGACCAAGCAGCACAAGCGCGAGGUGCAGCAGCAGAGAGGGGGCAGCAGGGAAGGGCGAGGGGGCGGCCGCGGCGCUACGUGGUGUCGGAGGCGGGCGAGCGCAUGGUGAGCGCAGCACUGCAAGCCCGGCACGCCGGCGGAGGAGGGGAGGUGGACGGGGGUGAAGCGAAGAGAACAGGCAGUACGGUGGUAGACAGUCCUGGUACGGAUGGGGAUGGUGGUGAAGAGGAGGGGGCAGCGGAGGCAGACAUGGGAAGAGAAGGUGCAGGCACAAUAGGUGGCGCCACCUUGAGUGGUGGCAGUCGGCCCAAGCUGCAGCCGAAACGAGCAGCCAGUGGAGGCAUGGCGCGGGGCAGUGAGGUGCGCGGGAUGAGCGCGGCGGCAGGGAGGGGCGCGGUGGAGUUGUCACCAUUCCACCAUGACAUGGCGCAUGGAACUCUGCCCGCUGCCUGUCCUUCUGCUGCUGCUCACGAGGGGCAUGUGUCGCUGCCUGCAUGGCAGCAGCCGUGUGGCAUGACAUGGCAGCAAGGGAAUGUUCUUGGUGCUGCAGAUGCCGCUGCUGUCAUUCCUGCCACUCUCCCUCUCUCCAUGCUGCCUGCCCUCCAAGCCACACCCUCCUCUGCCCCGCAGCAGCCCCGUGUGUCAGAGGCCGCCCCUCCCAGGCAGCACCUCGCCGUGCCGUCGUCCCUGGCAGCGCGGCCCCUCAUUGCGCUGCACGCCCGCCCCGUGGGCCAUGCCCAAUCGCACAGCGCAGCAAAGCAUCCCAGGGGAGGGGAGGGGGCGAGGGGGGAUGGCAGGGGUGAGGCAUGCAAGGGUGGUGGGGAGGGAGGCGGAGGUGGCGGGGAGGCGAUGGAGGCGGGGAUGGGAGGGGGGGGUGGCGGGGUGCAGGGCGGAGAGGGCGGCACUGCCCACGCGCACCUGCUGCACCUCGGCAUCGGCCGUGUCGUGCGCUGCCCUAUAGUGCACCUCCACCAUCCCAUGGCAGAUAGUGCACCUCCACCAUCCCACUCGCUCCUGUGCUGCCCUCCUGUGCUCACGGCCUUCCACCACUGCCACUUGCCCUGUCCUCUCCUCUGCUGUGCUGGCCAGCCCGGGGCAUCACUGGCAGUGCGCGUGGACGGGGUGUUUGACGGCGGUGUCACGCUCGCAGCGCAAGUCGGCGCCCACACGCUCUCCGGUGUGCUGCUCGCCCCGCCUGCUGUGAGUCCCACUGCCCCCCCUGCUGUGAGUCCCACUGCCCCCCUUGCUGUGAGUCCCACUGCCCCCCCUGCUGUGAGUCCCACUGCCCCCCCUGCUGUGAGUCCCACUGCCCCACCUGCUGUGAGUCCCACUGCCCCCCCUGCUGUGAGUCCCACUGCCCCCCCUGCUGUGAGUCCCACUGCCCCCCCUGCUGUGAGUCCCACUGCCCCCCCUGCUGUGAGUCCCACUGCCCCCCCUGCUGUGAGUCCCACUGCCCUUUCCGGGCUGGCCUGCCAGCCAUGGCCGCCAGUGCAGGCAGCUCACCGUCACCACCAUGCCCCACCACACCACACAGCAUGCAUGUAUCCACCUCAUGAGCCUUCCUUACGUCCUCUCCCCGCCCUCUGCCUGCAGCUGAGGUCCAUCCUCCUCGCCCCGCCUCGCCACUCGUCCACUCCUCCUCCUCGCUCCACCGCCACACCGCCACCGCCCUCUCUGGCACGCCCUUCGUCCGCAUUUCUGCUGCCCUCCCUCCCUGCUUCCAAUGGGUGUCUGACACCUGGCGGUACCUCAGCCCCAGGCACUGACCCUGGUGGCGGCAGUGGCGAUGGCUCCCUGCUACCAUCAGCAGUGGCAGCAGCAGCAGCUUCAUGCAGUGUGUCGGCCCAUUCCACCCCGCAAGCCGCAUCGGCUGACGCACACUCCGAGCAGCCUGGUGGUGGCGGGGGGAGGAAGCGGCAGGGCGCGGCCGGUAGAGGCGGAGGGAGGGGGCGGGGGAGGCAUGGGGGCCGGGGGAAGAGGGCGAAGCACAGUGGGGGUGAGGCGGGGGCAGGCGAGGCGGGUAUGGCGAAGGCAGGUGGGGAGGCAAUGCGGAGCAAAUCAAAAGCCAGGACAAGGAAGGGGCAGAUGGGGGGAGAGGGCAGGUGGGCAGGGGGAGGCGUGAGGGAAGGGGAUAGAGGGGAGGAGAUAGUAAAGCAGGGGGCAAUGGGGGAAGUGUGCGGGGAGGUGAGGGCGUGGGAGGCAGGAGAGGAGCGUCAAGGCAUGGAGGUGGUGAGAGGGGGAGAGGCGGGGGGAGGAGAGGGGAAAGAUGGCAUGCAAGGUGGUGAGUGGAAGCGAGCGCGCGAGCACCCUGAAAGUGUGGCUCGGUACGGCUGCGAGAUGCAAGGGGACAGCGCAGAGCAGCAGCGGGCAGCAGGGAACGUGAGUGUGCUUGCAGGAUAUGCUGUGACACACGGAGGAGGAGGAGGAGGAGGAGGAGGAGGAGGAGGAGGAGGAGGAGGAGGAGGAGGAGGAGGAGGAGGAGGAGGAGGAGGAGGAGGAGGAGGAGGAGGAGGAGGAGGAGGAGGAGGAGGAAGAGUGGGGCCAAGUGGGGAGAGCAUGAACAAAGGGGAGGGCAUGAAGGAAGGCGAGUGGGAUGAGGAGGUGCGCCCUCUUGCCGCUCACACCACCCGUGGCAGUGCCGACCUUGUGGCUCACGGCAUGUGCGGCAUGGAGCAGUGGAUGGCAGAGCUGCAGGGCACACCGGGGCAUGGCGAGGGGCAUGGCGAGGGGCAUGGCGAGGGGCAUGGCGAGGGGCAUGGCGAGGGACAUGGCGAGGGGCAUGGCGAGGGGCAUGGCGAGGGGCAUGGCGAGGGGCAUGGCGAGGGGCACAGAGGAGAGCAGGUGACAGGAGGGGCGCAGCAUCCUCCGGCUGCGGCUGGUGGCAACGCUGGCAGCUCGCUGCCCAGCCUGGCGGCGCACCCACCCUCUCAUGGCCACCUGUCACCGGGAUUGCAUGAGUGGGGCGACUGCACAGGUGGCAGCGGCAGUGGCAGUGGCAGUGGCGAGUGGCAGCUGAUUGCGUCGCCUCCCUCCCCCCUCCACCUCAUCGGCCUGGACUCCUCCCUCCACUCGCCCUCGCUCCACCCUCACUCACACGUCGCCUCUCACACGUCCCCCUCCACCCCUCCCUCACUGCAUCUGCCCCCCCUGUCCCUGCCACCGCUCCUGCUGCCGCCCCUCCACCUGCCCGCCCUGCCCUCAUGCGACCACGUGGGGUCGUCCCCCGCGCCCCCCACGCCCCACGGCAGCCGCCUCUCCCACUGCAGCACACCCGCCCAGCACACAGAGGCAGGCAUGGGUGGGGCGCAGGGUCAACGGGAGGCUGGGGAAGGUGCAAGUGGAGUUGCACUGAGCAAUGGAGAUGGGAGGGGUGUGCUUGACGGUGAAUGGAGAUGGGAGGGGUGUGCUUGA